AGGAGUUGGUGUUGUCAGGUAGAGCAACCCAAGAAGAUUUAGAUCUAGUUGGCUAUUCAGCUAAAACUACCAGAGAACUGAUACCAGACAGCAAAACCAGGAGAAAAAGAAAGUGGUGAUUUAAGUUUAAAAUACAGCAUGGGAAACAGCAAGAGCAGCGCUUUGUCUAAGGAGAUUCUGGAGGAUCUAAAAAUGAACACCAAAUACAGUGAGGCUGAGCUUUGUGCCUGGUACACAACCUUCCUUAAAGAGUGUCCUAGUGGGCGAAUUACUAAGGAGCAGUUUGAGGGUAUCUAUGCCAGCUUCUUUCCUAAUGCUGAUCCCACCGAGUACGCACGCCACGUUUUCCGUAGCUUUGACCUCAAUGCUGAUGGCACACUGGACUUUAAGGAGUACAUUAUUGCCCUGCAUUUAACAUCUUCAGGCAAAACUCUGCACAAACUCGAGUGGGCUUUUGCUCUGUAUGAUGUUGAUGGCAAUGGAACAAUCAGCAAAAAUGAAGUUCAGGAUAUUGUGAAGGCAAUUUUCAAUAUGAUUCCUGUUGAGGACCAGAAAAAACUUCCAGAGGAUGAGAACACACCAGAAAAAAGAGCAGACAAAAUAUGGAACUUUUUCCAAAAGAAAGAAAAUGAUAAGAUUGCAGAGGGUGAGUUCAUUCAGGGAGUCAUGGACAACAAAGACAUUUUAAGGUUGAUACAGUUUGAUGAGCCAAAGAAGAUUCAGGACAAACUGAAGGAGAAGAAGCCAUAAUAUUUCAUACUGUUUUCUCCAAAGACACUGCUCAUUUCCUGUUUACACAGCUAAACUCCUAUACCACUCAGGCACUGUUUUGCUCAAGAGGACCAACACAGCAGGGUCAAUAACUCAGCCAGCCAUCUUUAUUGCUAUUGCAUAACUGUAUCCCCAAAUAUGGGCCCUUUGCGCCACUGCAUAGUCAUGUUUAUCCUCCCCUUUCAGUUCAUAUCGAUUACUUAAGCAUCUGCUAUGAAUUUGAUCUAUUUGUUGAUAAUAACAAAAGUCUUAGGUAAACAAAAAGUAAUGUGAUAUCAAUUAGGCUCAGGUUAGCAAUCCCUCUGGCAUAUUCAAUCCUCUUAAAAUCUGAAGGUCAAUCCAGGCAAACUCUCAUGGAUCACUGGCAGUUUUAUUUUUUGCAGCUAAUUUGUCAUUGUCUUUUGCUAUGAACCAAACGAAUAAUCAUAUUUAAUCUCCUUUUUCGCUAGUUUUAGUUUAGUAAAAACUACCUUUUUUUUAAUUACAUAUAAAAAUUCCAGCAAUACAAACUGAUUUUUUAUUAGUUUUUCCAAUUUAAACAUCAAAUUGUUAUGUGCAUUAAUUUCUUUCUUUUUCUUUUCUUGAAUGGACCAUUGGAUUUUAUUCAAGCUCCAAUCAGAAGAGCCAUUUACAGAGCAUUGUUUUCUUGUUUGCCCUCAAACCAUGUGUAUCAACAAUUUUGAUUAAUAUAAUCUUUGAUUAUCAGAGUUUUUUUGGUUGUAUUGAUUAAG